UCUAGACUCUAGGAAAGGUUGAUUGUGUAGUAUUCAAAGAAUGCUCUUGAUUGAGAAACCACAAAAUGUGGAAUCACGAGUCCAACCUGAAAAGAGGCGGAAGAACCCCUACCCAGCUGUCACCACACCCAUGUUGAUGGAGAGAUUGUAAAGAGGAGUAGGGGGCAACCUGUCAACCGCAUUCUUGCCUGUCAACUAUCCAUUGUGGCCCUUCCCACUCUUCUGUUUGUGACGGCUAUAUAAACAAGGAGACCAAGGUAAUACUUUCAACUGCAGAUCAACUCCAGAUCCAAACACUCCAACAUGUCUCUCAGACCAACAUCCUACGGCCAGAAGACCAUGAGCGUCUACGGUGGAGCUGGUGGACAUGGCACCCGUAUCUCCUCAUCCAGCAUGAACUACGGCUCUGCCGCCAGAGGCUUCGACCUCAGCGACGGCCUGGACCUCCACGUUGGUGCCAACGAGAAGGCCACCAUGCAGAACCUGAACGACCGUCUCUCCUCCUACCUGGAGAAGGUGCGCACCCUGGAAAAAGAGAAUGAUCGACUGGACAAGCAGAUCAAAGACUGGUACCUGAGCAGAACCGUCGUCUCCCAUGACCACACCAGAUUCUUUGUCAUCAUCGAAGAAUUGAAGGACAAGAUUCGUGUCGCCUCCAGGAUCAAUGCAAAGACAAUCCUGGACAUCGACAAUGCAAAGCUGGCUGCUGAUGAUUUCAGAAUGAAGUAUGAGAACGAGCUGGCCAUGAGGAUGGCUGUGGAGGCGGACAUUUCUGGACUGAAGCGGGUGCUGGAUGACAUGAACAUUUCCAGGAUGGACCUGGAGAGUCAGUACGAGCAGCUGAAGGAGGAGCUCAUCAUGCUCAAGAGGAACCACGAAGAGGAGAUGGCUCUGAUCAGGGUUCAGGUCGGAGGCACUGUCAACGUGUCCGUAGACGCUUCUCCCUCUCCAGACCUGAACAAGGCCAUGUCCGAAAUCAGAGAACACUACGAGGCAGCGAUCAGCAAGAACCGCAAGGAGCUCGAGUCCUGGUACCAGACCAAGCUUACAGUGGUCGAGCAGGAGGUGGUGACAAACACAGAGUACCUGACGUCAUCCCGCACAGAGAUCAGGGAUCUGAAGAGCACCCUCCAGAGGCUUCAGAUCGAACUCCAGUCCAAUAUGAGCAUGAAAUCCUCUCUGGAGAACACCCUGGCAGACACUCAGGCUCGCUACUCAGCACAGCUGUCCAGCCUCCAGGCCAUGGUCACCAGCCUGGAGAGUCAGCUGUCCCAGCUCCACGCAAACAUCGCCAGCACCAAGCAAGAUUACGACAUGCUGCUGGACCUCAAGACCCGGCUGGAGCUGGAGAUCGCAGAGUACAGGAGGCUGCUGGACGGGGAGGAUGACAGCACCAGACAAGUGGUCACAAAGGUCAUCACGGUGGUGGAGACAGUUGUGGAUGGAAGGGUGGUCGGCACCAGCAAGACUGUUGAUGUGGAAGUGGAUGAGAUUGAGUGA